GGUAUAAACUUCCGGGUCGUCAUUCAUUCUGUAACGCGCAGCAGCGGUUCGGCUGAUUUUGGAGGUUCUGCUGGACCGAGUUCGGCCGGUUUCGGUACCGCGAUGGCGGCGCUUCAUCCCGGUGACCCGCAGCUGGUGUCGAUGAUCGUCAAUCACCUGAAGACGGAGGGACUGUUCGAUCAGUUCAGGAGGGACUGUCUGGCGGACGUGGAUACAAAGCCGGCGUAUUUACACUUACGGCAGCGAGUCGACAACUUCGUGUCCAACCAUCUGGCCAAUCACACAUGGAGUCCACAGCUGAACAAGAACCAGCUGAGAAACAGCAUCAGACAGCUGGUCCAGCAGUCCGGUAUGCUGGAGCAGGGAGUGGACAGGAUCGUGGCUCAGGUCGUUGAUCCGAAGGUCCAUCACACCUUUCGGCCGCAGGUGGAGCGCAUCGUCCGAAAGUUUCUGUCUCCAAACAGCCACGUGGAGGAGGAUGAACUUCCUCCUGUAGCUCCGCCCCCUCUCGUGGAAAACCAGGAACUGGAACCGCUGACCGCAGAUGAUGGAAUUGAUGCCGCUGCGAGUUCCAGCGCUGAUGUUCAGAUCCAGACCAGUGUUACCGACCCGAUCCAUGAUCCCACAGAGGACGAGACGAUGGACAUCAGCCUCCCUGAGGAAGAGGAGGAGCACGGCGCAGAGAUGAAGGACGAACCGCAGGAGGAGCCUGGGAAAGACGGUGGAGAAGCGGAAGAAGAGGAGAAGGACGCGGAGAUGGAGGAGGUGAAGGAGGAGGGAGACGCGGGGAAAGAGAACAGCAGUAAAUCCUCAGGGAAGACAAGAGAGGAGAACCGGGAAACGGACUCGCAGAAACCCUGCAGUGUCAAACAGAAGACCAGAGAGCGGCUGAGAGAGGAGUACUCGUUGGAGGACUCGGAUCUGGAGGGUCUCAGUGACAUCACCGUGAGUUCCGUCCACACCAGCGAUCUGUCCUCGUUCGAGGGCGACAGCGAUGAGGACGAGCCUCCGUCUGAGUCCACAGAGGAGGGAGAGAUCAGCUCUGAGGAUGAGGGAGGACAGAAGACGGGUGACGACUCUGAGGGCAGCAGGGAGAAGAAGCCUCGCGGUGUGAGACAGGGAUACGUACACAAACCCUUCCUGUACUCGCGCUACUACAGCGACUCUGAUGACGAGGUGACGGUGGAGCAGCGCCGGCGAUCUGUGGCCAAAGAAAAAGAGGAGCGUCUGCUGAAGCGGCAGCAGAACCGUGAGCGAAUGGAGGAGAAACGCCGGCUGAGAGCAGCUCAGAAUGAGGAACAGGAUCGGAAGAAACAGGCGGAUCAGAGACCCCGAGCCAAAGAGGCUCGAAAAGAGAAGAAGUUCCUGGAGAAGAAGGUGGCUCUGAGCAGACAGAGAAAGAGAGACUCCAGAAAAGAGGACGACAGGAAGAAAAGUGACACUGAGGGUGAUUCAGCGAACAAAGAUGUGAAGUCGGUGAGUCUGAAGUCAGGACGACGGCUGUCUGAUCUGGAAGAGCAGCGUAAGAAGAAGGCAGAUGGUGAGGAGAAACUCCCUGACAAAAACCGUGUUCACUCCUUCAUCCUGGACCUGGAGCUGGGAACGGAGGAACGUCAGAGGACGGUCGGGAAAGCAGUUCGGAAAGACUCGCACUCCAAAGAAAAGGAGCGCAAGGAUAAGGAGAAGGAAAAAGAGCGCAGCGGCGGCCCUGAUGAGCGACUCAAGCACAAACUCAGGAAGACUGGAGACGCCGCUGGAGACACUGAGAAAGAUGGAGGGGCUGCGAGAGGAGGAGCAGCUGAUGAGAAGAAGGGGGCAAAGGUCAAGCCGGACAGGAAAAGUUCUGUGUCAUCCCGAGAAAUCAAGACGGAAGCUGCGGAUGAAGGGAACCUAAAGAAAGGAAAGACGGCCGUGGGUGAGAAGGAGAAAUCAAAGGUGAGCGGCAAAAGCCUCCGGCGUCUGGACUCCACCGGCUCUUCAGAGGAGAGGUCAGAGGUCGAGACAGGUUCGGAGGUCAGCCGGAAGAAAGACAAGCACCCUAAAGAGAUUCUGAAGAGGUCAAAGAGCCAUCCAGAGGCUAAACCGGGAGAGAAGCUCAAGGUGAGGUCGGACAGGAAGGAUUCAUCCGCAGACAAGACUCAACCGCAGAAAUCCAUCUCGGAAAAUGAGAGCGACGUCCGAAAGGUGGAGGCAGGGCCGAAGGUCAAGUCCCUAUCUGAGAAACACAAGUCUAAAUCCCAGAAUCCUGCUGCAGGCAAAUCGGACAAAAAAAGUGAAACCAAGACUAAAGCAGGAAGCACAGAACAGAAGAAAGAGGAAAGGAAAACGUCGGAGGAGAAAGCAAAGGUUGCAAAGAAAACAACUGAGAAAAAGGUGCCAAAAGAUUCCGAGAGGAAGUCAGGAGAUAAGGAGAGUUCUGCCGCACUGGAACCCACAGCCGUCUCCAGUACCACACCUCUACCGGACGACCCUUACGGCGCCCUGAGCGACGUCACUCCCGAAUCAGAGGACGAGGAUGCGGUGGUCAAAGAGCCCCGCCCACUAUCAGCAGAAGCCGACGCCCUCUUGAGCCUGAUGGACGUCUGCACCUCCGCCUCGGAGCUGGCAGCCCGGCGGGAAACAGAGGCCGACAUGAAGAUGAAGGAAGCGGCGCUUACACUGCUCUCCAUGGAUCCGGAUAUCGCACGCUCCUCGGAUCUCAUAUCAGAUUCUCAGGUUGCCAUGGAGACGCUCCCUACAGGCACAGGAAGUGCGUUGUAUUACCCUGUGACUGAGACGAACAGUGAGUCCGCCAGCGGCUCCUCGUCCCAGGAUGCAGCUGCAUCUGUCGCCACAGUGGAACCCAUGGAGACGGAGCCUCUCGGUUUGCAGGAAGUGACAUCAGAGGCUGGUGAUGAAAGAGACAAAGAGAAAGACUCACAAAUGCUUACAGCAGAUGCAACUAAAUCCACAUUGACGGUCACUGCAGAUGCAGCUGAGCCAACGCAGACCCUCACUGCAGACAUUAAUGAGUCCACGCAGACCCUCACUGCAGACGCAGCCCAGCCAACGCAGACCCUCACUGCAGACAUUGAGUCCACGCAGACCCUCACUGCAGAUGCAGCUGAGCCAACGCAGACCCUCACUGCAGACGCAGCUGAGCCAACGCAGACCCUAACUGCAGACGCAGCUGAGCCAACGCAGACCCUCACUGCAGACGUUAAUGAGUCUACGCAGACACUCACUGCAGACGCAGCUGAGCCAGUGCAGACCCUCACUGCAGACGUUAAUGAGUCCACGCAGACACUCGCUGCAGACGCAGCCGAGUUAAUGCAGACCCUCACUGCAGAUGCAGCUGAAUCCACACUGACAGUCCCUGCAGACGCAGCUGAGCCAACGCAGACCCUCAUUGCAGACGCAGAUGAGCCAGUGCAGACCCACACUGCAGACACAUUCGAGUCCAUGCAGGCCCUCACUGCAGGCUCUUCUGAAUCCACAUUGACAGUCACUGCAGGCGCAGCCGAGCCAGCGCAGACCCUCACUGCAGAAGCUGCUGAAUCCACAUUGACAGUCACUGCAGAAGCAGCUGAGCCAGCGCAGACCCUCAAUGCAGACCCAGCUGAUCCAGAGCAGACCCUCACUGCAGGUGCAGCAUUGUCAGUGCAGACUUUUGCUGCAGAUGCUGCUGAGCCCCUGCAGACCAUCAUUACAGACACUCCUGAGACAGUACAAACCCUCAGUGCAGACAUGGCUGAGUCAUCUGCGCAGGCCCUCACUGAAGACGCAGCUGAAUCAACGACAACAGUCCCUGCAGAUGCAGCUGAGCCUGCGCAGCCCCUCACUGCAGACACAAAGGCGACAGAGACAGAUGAGCCUGUGCAGACCUUAAUGGAAUACACUGCAGAACUUGUGUCACCAGUCUCUAUAGACGCAGCAGAGCCUGCACAGACCCACAGUGCAUACACAGCAGAGCCUGCUCAGAUGCUUACAUCAGACGCAGCUGAGGCCGCACAGACCCUCGCCACAGAUACAGUGGAGCCUGCGCAGACCCUCGCUGCAGACACAAAAGAGACUGAUGCAGAUGAGCCUAUGCAGACUCAUACAGUAGACACAGUUGAGUCUGCGCAGACAGUCACCACAGAUGCAGCUGAGCCUGCGCAGACCCUCGUUGCAGAUACAGUGGAGCCUGUGCAGACCCGCUCUGCAGACACAAAAGAGACUGAUGCAGAUGAGCCUAUGCAGACUCAUACGGUAGACACAGUUGAGCCUGUGCAGACAGUCACCACAGAUGCAGCUGAGCCUGCGCAGACCCUUGUUGCAGAUACAGUGGAGCCUGUGCAGACCCGCUCUGCAGACACAAAAGGGACUGAUGCCGAUGAGCCCACGCAGACUCAUGCAGUAGACACAGUUGAGCCUCUGCAGACAGUCACCACAGAUGCAAUUGAGCCUGCGCAGACCCUUGUUGCAGACACAAAAGAGACUGAUGCAGAUGAGUCCACGCAGAGUCAUACGGUAGACACAGUUCAACCUGCGCAGACAGUCACCACAGAUGCAGCUGAGCCUGCGCAGACGGACUCUACAGACACAGGCGGUGCGUCUGUCUCAGACGAGCAGGAACAGAAGUCGUCAGACGCCUCCGAGAUGGUAACGAAUCAGAAUUGUUUCAUCAGAAGAUAUUAUACAGAAAUCAUGCGCGUGUCAUUAAUGACUUUGUCUGAUCAGGUGGAGCAGACUGAGAGUGGCACACGGAGAGGACGAUCAUCUGCUCAGAGGGCAGCAUAUCAAACCCAAAACGAUAAUGAAAAAGAGCAAACAUCUAAUAAAGAGUGUGGUGAUGAUGAUGAUGAUGAUGAAGAGGAGGAGAGAUCUGGAGUGAGCAGGACUCCACGCAGAGGAAGAUCCUCCAAAGCAUCUGAUGCUCCACAGAGAGAAACGCGUAAGAGUCGCAGUUGCACCCGCAGCUCUGCUUCACAACCGAAGGACGCGGAGCCAGCUGUAGAGGAGGAGCCAAAAGAGCAGGGCCGAAGGAGUCGCCGCUCCGCUGCUCAGAGCAGAGACACUCCCACGGUGAAACCUGCACUGAAACGGAAGAGAUCAGACGAGCUUCUCUGCUCACCAGCAGAGGUGAAGGAAGAACCAGAACAAUCAGCCAAACACAGAAGAGAUGAAGCAAAUCCAUCUGAAGAUCAGGAUGUGAGCAAAGCCAGCGAUGAAGAUGAGGAGAGGAAAGAUGAGGAAGAUGUGACUCGGAAACCUGCCCGCCGUGGACGACCCUCCAAAGCGUCCUCCGCCACUGAUGACUCGGAUACAGGAGCAUCAGAGAAAAGAGACGGAGAAAAGGAGGAUGACGAAGAAGAGACCAAAACCCGAGCGACGACCCGCGCCGCGUCUCGUCUGGAGGCAGAGAAGAAUAAACCCAGCAAACCGUCCACUCGAGCUCUGAGUAAACUCAGCGGGAAAGAGGAAAACUCCCCGAACACACGAUCGGUGAGAGGACGGAAGCGUGACACGAGUCCUCCGGUCUCUCGCACACGUGGAGGGCAGAAACCUGACGAUCCACCUGCAAAAAGAACCAAACGAUGAAUUCAGCAUCACCGUUCUGCGUUUGAUCUCGUCAAGUUCAUGCUUGUUAGUAGUUUUAAGGUCAGAAAGUGUUUGAGAGUCUGUGAGCGGCUGAGAAACGAGUCUGAAUGAAGAGCUGAUGUUUAGAGACUGAUGGCUACUGUGUGUGUGUGUGUGUGUGUGUGUGUGUGUGUGUGUGUGUCAUAUUUCUGUCACCAUAAAGAUGCUCAUUCUGUGAAUGUCAUUAUUGUUCCAUUUUAUAUUUUUACCUUUUUAUUAUAAAUUCCAGUAUUGAUCCGA